GUUCAAUCCGUCUGUUUGGUUUAGCCGAACCAAAUGGCGGGCCUAAGGCUGAGAUGGUUCCCCCAGCCAAACUCAAUGCCUCUAUAUACUCUUUCUGUGGAGUUUGUGCGAUUGCCUUCGAUUUUUGAACCAUUCCCAUCCACUAACGAAAACUAUGCCUUCUCCGGCGAGUGGCCGGCGAGCUAUUGGAGUCUCAGUCACCAUCCAUCGUCCUCUCGAAAGCUCUCAAUCCGCCAUGGCUUUCUCAGAAGCUGUUUUUGACUAGUAAUGGAACCACACUCAUCUAGGGAAGAUUUGGUCAUCAAGGCAAGAAAGCCAUAUACAAUUACCAAGCAGCGAGAGCGAUGGACACAUGAGGAGCAUAAUAAGUUUCUUGAAGCCCUGAAGCUCUAUGGCCGAGCAUGGCAGCGCAUUGAAGAACACAUUGGAACAAAGACUGCUGUGCAGAUCAGGAGUCACGCUCAGAAAUUCUUUUCCAAGCUGGAGAAGGAGGCACACGUUAAUGGCGUUCCCAUAGGACAAUCAAUUGGCAUUGAUAUUCCGCCUCCACGUCCCAAAAGAAAACCAUGCAAUCCUUAUCCUCGAAAGUCUAGUUCAGCUGCAUCGACAUGUGCCGCAUUGCAUGUGGGAGCAAAGGUUGGAAAACUUUUAUCAUCAGCGUCUUCUUCAUGCUAUAAACAAGUAGUGGACUUGGAGAAAGAACCACUUCAUGAGAGACCCUUUGGAGAAGAAAAGGCAAAUAAUGCAGAAAAUCAGGUAGCCAACUGGGCAGAAGUCUUCACCUUGCUCCAAGAUGGUCAUUGCUCCUCUGUUUCUUCUGCAAACAAUAAUUCCAUACCCUCACAGGUAGCACUCGGAAAUGCAUGCACUUUAAGGGAUGCAACAAAUGAAUCUCAUGUCACUAUUAACCUUAAAGGAAAUCAGAAUUUGAAGAAAAUUGAUGCCAAAAUGAUAGUUGGCGAUAAUGGCACAAGUGGAGCUCCAAAGUCGGGGAACACUAAUAAUGCUUUUCAUAAGGAGUUGGUUCAAGGUGAGAAAAUUUCAAGUCUUAUUGUGUCUUCUCUGUUACAAAAUCCUGCAGCCCAUGCUGUGGCUAGCUCCACAGCCGCAUUUUGGCCUUACGCAAAUGCGAAAAAUAGGAAAGACCCCCCAAGUAUGGCAGCAAUUGCUGCUGCCACUGUAACUGCUGCAACUGCUUGGUCGGCAGUCCAUAGACUGCUUCCUCGUCAAACUGAUUUUAGAUGUUCUCCCAUCUCUAUGACCGGGGUUCCAGUUCCAUCAAUGGAUACUGGUCAAGCUCCUCCAGCCAAGAGAGAGAAAGGAGAGAGUUCUCUGCAAAUUCCUUCCUUGCAGGAUCAACAAUUGGACUCAAGACACACGGAAGCUGUGGAAGCUCAACAUUCAAACAUUGCAAAGGCUAAUACUGAUGAUGAGAAGGACGUUGCGUCAACUGAAGAAGUUCAUGAUUCAAACCAUGCAAAGAGCAGAAAACAGCAGGUUGACCGUUCCUUAUAUGGUUCCAACACACCAUCCGACAGUGAAGACGAGACAGCUGCAAUAGAGAAGAAUGAGAAAGGGAGGGAAGAACUAAAAGAGCCUAAUGCAAGUCACCCAGCUGCUGAGUCUAGUCAACGUCGCUGUAGAUGUGUCAGCAACAUGUAUGAUUCAUGGAAAGAGGUCUCUGAAGAGGGGCGCCUGGCCUUUCAUGCACUAUUCUCAAGAGAUGUAUUACCCCAGAGUUUUUCACUUACACAGGACCUCAAGAUUAAGGGGCAUCAGAAUGACGGUAUGGAAGACUGAAAGAAAAGUUGAAACGUAAAUUACCCACACAAAAAAAGUUGAAAAAA